CACCUUAGUUCUCGUAUGCAGGAGACAGACUUCCCAGAGUCAGCUCUGCACAGCCAUCCUUGUGGACUUGUUUCCUCGUAAAAAAAAUUAACUGCACUCAAGACUGUGAAGUAUGGCAUUUGCUGAAGAAGAACAUUAACAUUAACAUUUGGAAUCAGGCAAGCUGAUGCUGCAAGAAAUUGAAAGCUGUAACUUUUGUCUGAGACUACAUGGGAGAAAUGAAUCUCUUGAUGCGUGAUCCUUUGGGAAUGAGGCUGGUUGGAUGAUGUUACGCUCUUUAGCAUUUCAAGUUGUAGAAUCAUGGCAGACGACGAAGAGGAGCUGACAGUUGAAGAAAGCGAUAAUCAAACUAUGUCUGCCAACUUAAAAUACCUUUCGCUGGGGAUAUUGGUCUUCCAGACAACUAGUUUGGUGCUGACUAUGCGUUAUUCCCGGACGUUGAAAGAAGAAGGGCCUCGUUACUUAUCUUCAACUGCCGUAGUUAUUGCCGAACUUCUCAAGAUUAUGGCCUGUAUUUUGUUGGUUUACAAAGACAGCAAAUGCAAUCUACGAAGUCUGAACAGAGUGUUGCAUGAUGAAAUCCUCAACAAGCCAAUGGAGACCCUUAAGCUUGCUAUUCCUUCUGGGAUUUACACACUACAAAAUAACUUGCUAUAUGUGGCCUUGUCAAACUUAGAUGCAGCUACUUACCAGGUCACAUAUCAGUUAAAAAUCCUUACUACGGCACUGUUUUCUGUGUCUAUGCUCAGUAAGAAACUAGGAGUAUAUCAGUGGCUUUCAUUAGUGAUUCUAAUGGCAGGAGUUGCAUUUGUACAGUGGCCAACAGACUCACAAACAACAGCAACGAAAGAGCUUUCAGCAGGGUCACAGUUUGUGGGCCUGAUUGCAGUACUUAUUGCCUGUUUUUCAAGUGGAUUUGCUGGAGUGUACUUUGAGAAAAUUUUGAAAGAAACAAAACAAUCUGUAUGGAUUAGAAACAUUCAGCUAGGAUUUUUCGGUAGCAUAUUUGGAUUGAUGGGUGUAUAUAUUUAUGACGGAGAACCUGUAUCAAAGAACGGGUUUUUUCAAGGUUAUAAUAAGCUAACCUGGAUAGUAGUCGUGCUGCAGGCACUUGGAGGCCUCGUUAUAGCUGCUGUUAUAAAAUAUGCAGACAACAUUUUAAAGGGAUUUGCAACGUCAUUAUCUAUUAUAUUGUCAACGUUAAUCUCGUACUUUUGGCUGCAAGAUUUUGUCCCUACAAGUGUUUUCUUCCUUGGAGCUGUUCUUGUAAUAGCUGCGACAUUCCUAUAUGGCUAUGAUCCAAAGCCCGCAGGGAACCCUAUCAAAGCGUAGCAAGCUCUACCACAAAGGACCAUUUUGCCAAAACUGUGCAUUAAGGACUUCAGAAUAAAACUGUAUGGAGGACCAUUGAGCACAGGAAAGGAAGAGUUUAUGCUGUAUUGGAGGAAUGAUAUCAAAUAAUGGUUUAUAGAAGACCAAUGAGGGGAAGAUGAAAAACAGUGUGUACCUCCGGAAAAGAAGAGAGGCUGAAAGUAAAACUCAAAGGGAACACAUUGCUUCUAGGACCUGCAAUUAGAAAUGCUUCCCACUUGAACUCUUGAGAUUAAAUCAGAAUGAUUUACUGGCUUUGACUGCUACAGAAAUGUCCUAUGCACUCUUCUUGCAAAAGCACAUGACAACGUCUGUUGAAUCAUACCUGUUUUUGCAAAUCGACUGUUUCACCUUAGUAUGUUUUUAAAACAGCUGCAUAAGUACCAAAUCAAAGCAAAAGAAAAGAAAUAGCAGAAGAAUCUUGUUCUACCGAGACAGUUCUGAUUAGGUAUUCCGAUUCAAAAACUUGCAAGAUAUUAUUGAAUAAAUUUCCUUUUCAGAUUUUUAAUAUUUUAUAUAGAAAGCUGAAUUAAUAAACAGAAAUUGAUGUUGUAAAACAUCUAUAUAUGUUUCUUAACAGUGAUGACCAAUUUCUUUGAUAAAUUCCAUGAGAGGGAAAAUUUAAUACUUUUAUUAUCAUUUGUAGAUUAUGUCAAGAGUGUUGUGUAGAUUGUCUGUUUAUAGUGGUCAGCUCACACAAAGCAUGCUGACUGCACCUUUCUUAUUUAUUUAAAUGGAGACCACACUGAAGACCCACUGAAACAAAUGGAGGUGGCAUAGCACCCAUGAAAUUGUGUUCAUUCUCAUACAGGUUGAGGAUCCCUUACCCUGACAUCUGAAAUAUUCCAAAAUCCAAAAAUGUCCAUAUGAGUGGCGAACAUAGUAGCACCUUUACUUUCCGGUUUUUCAGUGUACAUAAACUUUGUACAUUGAUUUAAAAUAUUGUGUAUGAAUUACUUUCAGGCUAUGUGUAUACAAAACAUCAAUGAAUUUUGCGUUUAGACUUGGGUCUCAUCUCUCAGAUAUCUCAUUACAUAUACGCAAGUAUUCCAAAAUCUGACAAAAAUCCAAAAGCACUUCAGAAAGGGAUGCUCCAUCUGUAUUUAGAAAAUGGCCACAGGGCGAGUGAUAGUGCCAUUAUUGAUUCUGAAUAUGGGUCUGUUUGUUCAAAGAACAAUUACUUUUCUUGACAAGCAAAAAAAAUAUUGUAAUUAACAUACAGUACAUUUUGUUGUUUACAAAAUUUAUUUGAAAAUAUUUUUAAAGGUAUUUUUGAGAUUUGCCAGGCAAUUGUUUACAGGUACUGUAUUAUAUGAUUCCUUUUGGAGCUAUGGUUAUAUAUCAUCUGUAUAUACUGUACAAUAUUACAGAGCUUUUUUAAAAAGUGGAAUGGUGUAAUUAAAGUAAUUCAGUCCACUUUGUAAAUUCCCUUUUUAGAAAACACGUCAAUUGCAUUAACCAAGAAAUGAAGAUUGUUAUUGUGCAAUAAUGACAGGCUUCCUCCUAGUGGGAGCCAAGGGACAACUACAGGACCCCAUGCACCCUGUGAGCAUUCUGGUUGGGAAAAUGUUGAAUGGGUUCCACUGGGAAGUAAUUGUGACCAGUAAGGACUUCAUUGGCUAUAUGAUAAUCCUUAUGAACACACAUAGUUUCAGUUUCAUACCCAUUCUUUUUUGGUGGCUUCAAGACAAAACAUUUCUUAAAAUACCCAGCAUGAUGCAGAAAUAAUAUCUUGCAAUAAAUGUAUAUUGAGUGUUUCUAUGCAUUUUAAUGGUGAGCUGUAGUGAGUGAGCCAAGCCCUCUUAAGAAUUGAUGCUGGGAUCUUGUGGCCAGACCAAUGGGAGGUUUGCCAACCUGAUGUGGUUUGCCGUGCAUAUAAAGUUAGACACCUAGAACGGUGGAACCCAUAUCCUCUCUUUUGGAAUUUGCUAGAUCCUCCAUCUGAUUCUCACUUCCUCUGGGUCCUCCAGCACAGCUCUGUAGUUCGGUGGGACCAGAAGUGAGGUAAUUCAGUGGUGUAACCACAGUCAGUCCAACAAUGUAUUCCUCAUAGAUAUGGGGGUCAUACUGUAUGUCCUUGUAUUAGCUAGGUUGCCUUGUGUGACUCCAUUUAAAAAAAAUGUGGCCCAGUUUCAUGUAAGCAAACCUCUUAUUAAAUGUCUUAUGGAAACAUCAAAACCAGGGAAUACACACCUAUUUAACCUUGCAUUUAAUCUGAAACAUAACAGCAAGAACAACAAGAACAACAAUAAUACUUUUUCUUUCUUACCCGUUUAUCCUGGUGGGGUACAACAGGAUUCAAAACAAUAGAUAAAUACAAAACCCAACAUAGAUUAAAAACACAUAGACAAGAUUACAGCACACAUAAAAAUCAAUAUCUAUUAAUUAAAAUGCAUAGGUUAAACGUGUACAUCUAAAAGCAUGGCCUUGUGUAAGAGACUAGGGGUCUAAGAGUAUUCAUAUGACUCUUUAGUUAUGUUGUAACCAUGAAUUAAACCAGUUAAUGGUGUUCAGGUACUCCAUGAAGUUCUUGAAUUUUUCUGAAAUAAUUUAUAAUGUCUCAUCAGAAAUAAACUUGCAGUUUCUCAAGUCACUCCUGACAUGAAAAAAAAUAUCAGAAGUAAAUCAAAAGGACAUAAGUUCUAGAUAAGCGUGGACAGGAUUGCAGCCUCACUAACAAUAUUUGUCAAGUCUUUCUUUUAGUUAAGCCUCCAAAGAUGUAUACAGAGAUGUCACAGCUCUUCUUUUCAAAUUAAAUGUUAACUAUCACUUACAUGCAGUGUCUCUAUCACUAAUGGUUAACAGAGAACAUAAUUUAUGUUCCAGGCAUUGGCACUGGUAAAGGGAGAAAUUGCCAAAGAACUUGAAAAUAUUUUCCAAAAUGGCAAGGAUGACCUGAUUCCUCAUAUUUAAUAGAAAAUAUCACACCAUUUUGAGUUUAGUUUGUCUAAUUGUUUAUAUUUUUUGUAUUAAUAAGAGCUGUUGUGUUUCAUGUUAUGGUCUGAAAGCUGAUGUGUGUGUGUCAUCAAUUAGAUCGUUGCGGUAUUAUCUUAACGAAAACUUCAUGUAUUGUUUUGUGUGAUUACUAGUUAGGUAGUACAGGUAGUGAUUACACAAACCCCAGAGCUCUAGUGCGUAAUAAGGGAUUUAUUUUGGCUGCUUUCCUGGGAGUUUGUUGUCUAGCUGCUGCAGUUUUAAGUUAGCCUCAAACUGCAUUAAGUGGUUAGUGUAGAUGGAGCCAUGGCCUAAACUCCUGGAACAUCUAACUCUUCUUAUGGAACGGAAUUGGCUUCAAUUGUUUACAUGACUAUCAUAUUCCCUGGGCUCAGAUUCUCAUAGCUAAGGAGAGUUUCUCUUUGGUCAGAUCUUUUAGACUCAGUCAUUCAGAAUCCCUUUUUAAUAAUGCUGAGAAAGAUGUGUGAAGCAUCACCUGCAUCUUGACAUGUAAGCUGUACAACACACAUGGGAUAAUAGAACAGCAAUUUUCAUUCCCUGUAUAGGGUACCACUGAUGCCCUGAGUUUUAGUUCACACAGCCAUGGACUCAUACAUGUAUAACAAAUAUAUAGUUCUCAAAUAUUAAACUGAUAAGAAGAGAUACUACACUUGAUCAAAGACAAGCAAUGUAUCUGUACAUGUAUCUGUAAGUCAGCUCUGGUAUACUUGAAAUCCACCUUGGGAACAAAUACUUCACUAUGACAUAUGCUUCAUUGUGAUGAAUGCGCAGGUUUGGGGUUUUUUUUAAUUUAUUUUGCAUCUUGUGUAGUUUGCGUAUUUUAUCACUAUUGCAUAUCAUUUUUAUGAAAGUAUGUGUGUUUUCAACACCCCAAAAGGAAUAGAAAGACAAAAUUACAGCUAAUUGUAAUUGAUUUUAGUCUGCAGGCAAGUUCAACUUGCCAUUUUUAUAGCAGUAAUAAAAACUUACAUGGCUAGCUUUCUGAUGAAUAAACAAAGCAAACAGUGCAAAUCUAUACUGAUAAAUCCAAAAGAGUAAUUUCAUUUAUGAUCUCUACCGGAGCCGGUGUGGCGCAAUGGGUUAAACCCUUGUGCCGGCUGAACUGCUGACCUGAAGGUUGGUGGUUCGAAUCCACAAGACAGGGUGAGUUCCCAUCAGUCAGCUCCAGUUCCUUUGUGGGGACAUGAGAGAAGCCUCCAACUGAAUGAUAAAACAUCCAGACAUCCUCUUCCUUGCAUUCAUACUUCCUUGCAGACGGCCAAUUCUCUCACACCAGAAGCAACUUGCAGUUUUUCAAGUCGCUUCUGACACACACACAAAAUCUCUACCAGUCACCAUACUUCUUUGUCUUGUCAAUUUUUGUCUCAAAGUCUACAAUAAUUGUCAAGUCAAGGGUCCAGUUGUGGAGUCAACAUCCAUCGGCUCCUGAGCAUAGCUUUCCACCAAAUUCACUGGUUAUAUUUAAGCAGAUUUAGCUUAGACAUAGGUUUAGGAGGGUUCAGAAUUGGUUUUACAGGUUGGUGGCCCAUGUGUGCCAUCUCUCUACUAUUGCCUUUUCAACUGUUUUUAUGUCUGUACAAAAUGGAUUGUGUGUUUGGUUGCUUUUUAAUUACCAUUGCUUUUCAAUUUUGUUAUCUUUGUGUUUUUAAGAGAUGUAAUUUUAUGAUUAUAGUUCCAAGUAUGUAAAAAUCUAUGUAUGAGAGGGCUAUGCUCACAUUUUAUAUAAAUCGACAACUCUUCUUUGAUGUUUAUAAACUCUUGAUUGAUUUAUUAGCA